CAUCCCUUUAUCCCAACCCUUCUCUUCCCCUUUCGAUCACAUAAAUAACAGAAUAAAAAAAAAAUGGAGCUUGAAGCCGUCACAGCGAAACGCAGACUCGCCGCCAUCGCCGGUCACUUUCCGCCGGCCACUUGCGACUCCGUCUCCCCCGCAUCUAUCCUUCCCCUGCACUGCAGCAGCAGUUUAAACAGCGUUAUUCGAAGGUGUGACAACAGGAUGAAUUUUGCUCGCCAAGCAUCUUCGGCCCAGUCCUAUUUCAUGAGGCAGGCUUCAGCGGAUGAGAGGACCAUACCGCAAAAUUGUGCUCCUCCCAGGUGCUCUUCCACCAGAAUGAACGGCUUCCCUGCUGCUUCAGAAUCACCAUUAUUUUCUAGACCUUCACAAGGGCUAUCUCCACAGUUUUCUAAGCCUGCAAAAGAGGGAUCAUGUCUUUCUUCUGAUCCGAAUAACCAGCAAAUGAAAAACUGGAAAAGUCCAUCAAGUCCAAAUCCUGGCCUUCCUAAGUUUGCCAGAACAGGGACUGGAUGGUCUCCCAGCUCCGAUAUUGCAGAAAGUGAAGGCAGUUAUAUUAUGACAGUAGAGUUACCAGGUGCCAAUGUCGAGGAUCUAAGAGUGGAGGUCGACAAUAGAAACUUGACUGUGACUGGUCGGCGCUUUGCCAUCUUUCAGAGGGUUGCUGCUGGUUCAAAGGACUCAAUCUACGGAUAUCACAAGCGAGAAAUCUUACAAGGACCUUUCCAGGUUUCUUGGCCACUUCCCAGCAAUGUGAAUAAGGAUAACGUUUGCGCCGAAUUCCUGCAUCAUAUAGGUGUGAAACCGCUAACACGCAGUGUGUUUGCUUUGGAGCAGGAAUGGACUUCUAAGAAUCGUGAUCCCUAAGCUUUGAGGUUGUUCAUGGAGGAACCGAAAGGGCAUCGCGUAUGUAUGUAUAUAUAUACUGUUUGUGUCAGUAUAAUCGAGGUAAUGUAUACAAGUUCCUUAGUGUUGAUGCAGUGUUAAAUGUCUCAAAUGUAAACAGAAAACAAUUCAGAAGAUAUUUUAUUAAACGAAUCAAACUAA